CCCGCCCGCCCGCCAGAAACCUCACAUCGCCAUCGCCAUCGCCAUCGCCAUCGCAUAAACUAGGUGACCAGCGGGAAACCACAGAAGGAGAGGGAGAGAGGAAAGCUGCUGCUCUCUCUGACCCGCCCACUCAUCCUCGUUCCGAGCUUUGGCUGUUGCAUUCAUUUCCAUCCCAUUCCUUCGCGCAUACGGAGUAGCAGACAAGACUGAAGAGAGUGAUCCAGGGGCGGCGUCUGCACGCUGGUUCCUGAUCCACCUCUGCUGCCGGCGGGCCGAGCCAUGGCGACACCGCGGCCGGCGCUCCUGCUGCCCGCCGUGCGCUUCGCCUCCACCACCAUCGCGCUCCUCCUCCUCGUCGCCUUCUCCUCUCUAAUGCGUUCGUCAGAUGCAUACGAUCCACUCGAUCCGAAUGGGAACAUAACAAUUAAGUGGGACGUAAUACAGUGGACUUCAGAUGGCUAUGUGGCUGUUGUUUCUCUAUACAAUUACCAGCAAUACCGCCACAUUCAGGCGCCAGGCUGGAAACUAGGCUGGGUAUGGGCAAAGAAGGAGGUAAUCUGGGCGAUGACCGGUGGCCAGGCCACUGAACAAGGCGACUGCUCCAAAUUCAAAACCAACAUCCCCCAUUGCUGCAGAAAGGACCCUGAGGUUGUGGACUUGCUGCCUGGGACUCCCUACAACAUGCAGAUUGCCAACUGCUGCAAGGGAGGAGUCCUCACAUCAUGGGCACAGGACCCUAGCAAUGCCGUGGCAUCGUUCCAAGUCAGCGUUGGACAGGCUGGGACUACCAACAGAACCGUCAAAGUGCCCAAGAAUUUCACUCUGAAGGCACCAGGUCCCGGGUACACCUGUGGAACUGCCAAACUAGUGACACCUACCAAGUUCAUAUCUCCGGAUGGGAGGAGAUCAACUCAAGCACACAUGACAUGGAAUGUGACAUGUACGUACUCGCAGUUUCUUGCUCAAAGAUCUCCAUCCUGCUGUGUCUCGCUCUCAUCAUUUUACAACGACACUAUUGUUAACUGCCCAACAUGCUCCUGUGGCUGCCAGAAUAACAGCACUGCGCCAGGAAGCUGUGUAGAGGGUAAUUCGCCUUACCUGGCUUCUGUCGUGAACGAUCCUAAUAAGAACAGCUUGGCGCCUCUAGUCCAAUGCACUUCACACAUGUGCCCAAUAAGAGUGCAUUGGCAUGUCAAGGUUAACUACAAGGAGUACUGGAGGGUAAAGAUCACGGUGACAAACUUCAAUUACCGGAUGAACUACUCGCAAUGGAACCUGGUUGCGCAACACCCCAACUUCGACAAUCUGACCACCAUUUUCAGCUUCAACUACAAACCUCUGAACCCCUAUGGAGUGAUAAACGACACGGCGAUGCUAUGGGGCAUCAAGUACUACAACGAUCUGCUCAUGACGGCCGGGCCAGACGGGAAUGUGCAGUCUGAGCUUCUGUUCCGGAAGGAGCCCUCCACGUUCACCUUCCAGAAAGGCUGGGCCUUCCCGAGACGAGUCUACUUCAAUGGCGACAACUGCGUGAUGCCGCCGCCGGACGCCUACCCGUGGCUGCCCAACGCCUCUCCGCGGCUGUCGGCUUCACUUCUCCUCCCGUUCGUUGCAGCUUGGACAGCAUUUGCAAUCCUCUUGAUGACCCAUCCGUAGCGAGGCAUAGGUGGUGUGGAUGUCUCGUAAGAAGUUUUGAGUGUCGUUGCCUGCUGCUGAUCAUUAGAUUGUUGCAAAGUUUUAUAUGAUGUCUUGAAUCUUGAUCGAGGAACAGAUUCAGAUGUGCAGUCAUAUACCAAGCAUGUACAUUCCCAAUACUUGUAAAUUUCGGCAAAGACUGACUGGCAAGUGACAAAAUAGAAAUAAUGUGUUUCCUUCCACAUCA